UGAGGUAUAGGGGGGCAGUGCCAUGGAGGCACUGGUGGGACAGAAGGGAGAACAAGUAGACAAGGGGAGGGAACUGGUUUGCAACUGCUGGAGUUGUCAGUGGUUGAAGCAUAGAAGACGAGCGUAGGGUCUAUCGCUGAAAGCCAGUGGUGGAGAAUAGUAAAAUGUCUAAAACUAAAGUUUAAAUUCACCUAGUGACACCUCAGAAGUUGUAUGUGAAAACUGAAAGAAACAUUAAGGUGUCUGUUGUGGACUUUUCAUUGUGACGGGAGAUAUUUACCCCGCCAGACAGCAUCAGUUAGCUGACCAGACCGGUCCAGCCAAACUCUCUAUAUAUUCUAUUUCUAUAAUAUGUAUCUAUAUUAUCUCAGCUUUAUCUAUAUGUAACAACUAUAUAUAAUCAAAAUACGAUAUUAGACCCCUAUAUUCUUUAUUUUACCUCUAUAUAAUCUAUAUAUUCUAUAUCCUUAUUCUACAUCAAAUGUUAUUCCAUAUCUAGUUUAUAUUUUUAUUCUAUAUCUAUAUCCUAUAUAAUAUGACUAUAUUCUACAUCAAAAGGCUAUAUAUGUUCCCCGCUGGUCAACUGUAGGUGGCCAGUAGUUAUUUUCAGGGUAGCUGAUAAAUGGCACUGCCUGUUUAAGGUGGUCUGGGUGAAUAUCCUCUUUCUACUUUGCAUUUGUCUCUGAGGCCCAGUAGUGCAUGGUAUUCAUGCAGUUCAAAUUAACUGUGUAAAGAGGAAGGAAGAGCUUGAACACAUUUGUUCGAGUUAUCUUAAACUGCAAGCAAAGACGUUUCCACUGACUUUUUCUGUCCCACCAGCUACCUCCUCUACAGUCAAAGCCCUGGGAGUAACAAACUAUGAAUCUUAGAACAGCUGCAAGAGGCUUUGUAGCUUUCCUUCUGUCAGUACCAGCAUUACAGGGUAUCUCUUACUGGGCAGUUACUUACCCAUCUAGUAAUAUCUGUGCUUUGAGAGGAUCAACGGUUGACAUCAUAUGCAACUAUAAAUACCCUAAAGGACAUGCAGUGGAGAAAAAACUGUGGUUUACCAAUAUAAACCAUGAACCAUUUGAUCUGAAAGACGAUACAGACUAUAGGCGUCGUGUUGAAUACAUCUGUGGAGAGACCAAGUGUCGGUAUUCCAGCAGCUGUACUGGGACUUGUACACUGAGAAUCAAAGACGUAACACAGAGAGACUCUGCUGAAUACAAGUUUAGGAUUACAACAAACCGAGGAGGCGGGGCAUUUAGUGGUUCCCCUGGAGUGAAGUUAUCUGUGACAGAUUCCCAGGUGGAAGUGGUCAUUCUUACUAGGUAUCGUGACAGGGUACAGCUGAAAUGUCACAGCAUGUGUGAUUUACCUGGUCUUACGUACACCUGGUACAGGAACGGAAAUCAACAACAUCAAGGAAUGUCCUACUGGUUCUAUAUUCCCUCUGAAUACAGGGUUUCAUGUGCUGUUCAAGGAUCCGAACAUCUCCACUCUCCAUCAGUGUACGCUCCAGAGACCCCCUCAGUGGGAUGGACACCCCCUGGUGUAAUAAAGGAGGGCAGUUCAGUGAAUCUGACCUGCACCAGCGAGGCCAACCCAGUAGCAAAGUACACCUGGUCCAAGGUUACUACAGGUCAUCCCCCCGGACACAGUGUCCAAGGACAACAGCUUUCCUUUCAUCCCAUCCAGUCUUCAGACUCUGGACAGUAUCUCUGCACAGCUAAGAAUGACCUAGGGACAACAAAUUCGUCCUCAUUCUCUAUUGAUGUGAAAUACGCUCCAAAGACCCCCUCAGUGAGCGUGAGACCCCCUGGUGUAAUAAAGGAGGGAGGUUCAGUGACUCUGAGCUGCAGCAGUGAUGCCAACCCAGCAGCUGACUACACCUGGUUCAGGGACAACCAACCUCUGCUCUGGGAACCAAGUCGACCUUAUACCUUGGACCCAGUCAGCUCUAAAGACAGGGGAACGUACCGCUGCCAAGCAGAGAACCAAUAUGGAUAUCUGGGCUCCAACUCGUUUUUCGUAGAUGUCCUGUACGCUCCAAAGACCCCCUCAGUUAGCGUGAGACCCCCUGGUGAAAUAAAGGAGGGAGGUUCAGUGACUCUGAGCUGCAGCAGUGAUGCCAACCCAGCAGCUAACUACACCUGGUUCAGGGAACAUGGAGGCUCACUGGAGGAAUUAGGAGAGAACUACACCAUCAGUAACAUCACAACUGAGCUUGGAGGAAAUUAUUACUGUGAAGCUCGUAAUGCAGUUGGACUUCAGAAUUCAACUUUGAUGUUCCUUAAUGUGACAGCCACAUCUUCAUCAUCAGUGACAGUGACCAUAACAAAUGUGGCUAGAGGUACUGUUGUUGUUUUACUGGCCACCAUACUCCUCGUCAUCUACCUUUGGACGAGAAGAAAGAGGGCUUCUAGGAAAGCGCGUGGCCAGGGAGGAAGGCCAGAUACCAGGGAGGAGCCUCCUCCGUUUCCUGUGUAUGACAACGUCCCAGCUCUGACCAAUCGCUCGGCUUCUGCAGCACGGAGAGACUCAAUAGAAGAGCAGGAUGACCCUCACUAUCCCAGCAUCCACUUCUCUCGCUCUAAGAACCAGGAAGUGCCUGGUGGGUUUGCUGGUGCUCUGGUAAAGUCUGAUCAUACAGAGCAGGUCCUUUACUCUGCCAUCAACCUUAAAAGACCCAAGGCUGUCCCUGAGUAAGCACUCCUGAUAGUUCAUCCCAACGGACAGUUUAUGGAGGCAAAGGCUUAUAUAUCCUUUUAUGUGAAAAUAUGUGUGCCUCAUAAAUCUUAGUAUGUAGAAAUGUACGUGCCUUUUAUAUCUUACAUCAAUAUUGGGUAUCUUAUAAACAUAUACCUUAAUAUAUCUUAUUAUGUAGAAAAUUAGAAGCACUCGAGAUGUCUGUGUCUUCAAAAUGCUAUCACUGGUAAACAGCGCAUGAACGAGGGAGACAUGGGCUGCAUGAGGGGGCCACUGUGAGGUAUACAAAGGAACGCGUGUCUCUGUAGGCCCCAUGAUAUGACCGACAUACGUCGACUAUAGCGUGUGAUCCUAAAAGGAACACAACCAUAUUGUAAACCUAUGAUGGCUGAACAUUUUUUGAGAAAAUGUGUGGAAAAUCAGACUGCUAGAUCACAUCGGAUCCCCACCUCUUUUGGGCGUAGACGAAUGCGGGCCUCUGCCUAAGAGGAUAGUGUUAGAGACACAGAGAGAGAGAGAGAGAGCUGAUCAUCUUCUUAGGGUGGGGGCCGUGUGAUCCACUUUCCUCUGCUUUUCUGCUCUUAGAACUGGACACUGAACAGUGUCCGGGGAACUUAGCAAUAGCAUUUCAUCUUGGGAACUCACCACAGCCCCUUAGCUUAGUUUAGCUGGAGAGUCUAUGUUCGUAGCCGCUGAAUAAGUGGACCAACACUCGGAUAUUGAGUCCAUUCUAUCUUAGAUUUAGUUUAGAAUUCUAUCCUGUAGCCGCUGAAUAAGUGGACAACACUCGGAUAUUGAGUCCAUUUUAAAUUAGGAUUUAGUUUAGUUUAGCUAAGAUCUGUCCCUCAUUUAAUCUUGUUUAUCUUACUUUUAUCUUUUCUUAUCUUAACGGGCACUCGCUCAAUCUAUACUCAAUUGUAAAAUAUAUUUUGUUUAUUAGACCAAAAUAAAUCUACCUGACUACAUUUGUAGUAGGUUAACUUAUGGUUCGAGUCCUUUUCCCUGUCAACUCAUCGGCCCGACAAAGCAGACGACCCCUCACGGUAAGUGGUGCAUGAUACAAGGAGUGGUUGAUACUGACUGACGUGUAUAGAGGGCAACAAGGCAACGUCGAAGAGUUUUUAAUAAUAAAAAAGGCGAAGGAUACAUCAGGACAUCGUUGUGACCAGGGACAUUUUCGGUGGCCGAAUAUUCGGUCCAUCCCUACCUUCCACCAACUCCUUAAAUACAGGUUCCUACGUAUGUCACUACAUCUCCCCCUUUAAGGGAAGUACCAGCAUGUAUUUUGUUUACCUUGAAUAUUAAUAAUUAAGAGUAAACACACUCUCCAUCCAGUAUAACAUUUAUCUUCAACACUAGAAACAUUUAUCUUCAACACUAUAAACCUCUGAGACAAACUCACUUGUGUGGCGUUACAUCCUUUAACCAAAACCAAGAAAACAGAACAUAUAUUAAUUAUUAUCAUUCUGUCUAGGGGUGAGGGUGGACUACCUGAUUAUUCUGCCCUGUGUAACCACGCACCCUAACUGUAUAAGACUGGUGAUUACAAGUCCAUCCUAUCUGGGUCUCCUUUGCAUGAUGCAGGUAAGUUUUCCACUAUGUUGUUGAUGUACAUCCUGACAUCUGUCUCAAGCUGCAUUUCCCCCUCUGUAGGUGGGGUUUCCUCUACCUAAACUUCCCCCUGCCUCCUUACAUACAGGUGUCUAAGUAUGUCACUACCAAAACCACAUGUGAAACUUCUAGUUGUUGUUUUAGCUGUUCCUGUUAAUCUAGCCCUGACACUCUGAUAACCUUCUGCCAAUAUGCAAAUAUAUUUGCCAAAAGAUUCGUUUUUGAGGGGGAACCAGCAAGCACGACUAUGUUAUAAUUUAGGAUAGUAGUGCUUCAGGGUUCCGCAAAAUCAAAUCUGUUUCUGUGGAAAAAUUCUCGUAC